UCAGACGCACUCACACAAACGCAGGAAUACUGCCUCUCCAUUUCGCCUUACUGUAGAAGGCUGCCCGCGAUAAAACUAUUUCCCUGGCGUGGGCUAAACCAGGAUCUUAAAUAGAGAAAAUGAGUCUGAAUUGUUAUUGGAUGUGCGGUUGCCAGUGACACGGUUUGUCGGCGAUACAAAAACCUGUUGUGUUGAUGGAGCAGCAUUGUGGGAACUACGUCCUUACUUUCUAAAUAAAUGGGACAAUAAGAUGCUUCUGGAGUAUACGUCCUUUGGGGAUUUGCUGGAACAAUUGGUAUGAUUUUCACGAGGAAGAAUGUACAAUGAAAUGAAGAUAAAAUCUUGGAAAGUGUGCCUAUGUAUGAGCUAGAAUAUCAUUGUGAACUCACUAUGGCUGGAGUCAUCUCAGCUAAAACAUAUUCAAACAUUCUGAUGACACUGCUAACACUCUUGGUCGUCGAGCACGGAGCAGGUCUACGGUUAACGUUUCCCGACAUCAGUGGUGACGUCAUCACAGCGGCAGAGAACUCCGAGAUACGUAUACGCUUUGGAGUUGCCGACCUUGAUGGCGUUACCGAUCCUUUUUUCAUCGGCUUGGACAUUAGUAAUGAUUCGAGUGGGGCUACAAAGAUACAAUUGUUGUGUCUAAUAACUUACAACACAAGUGCCAUGUCAUAUAUAAAGGAUGAAAGGAGAACUGUUCCGUUCCACCAGGAGCCGACACUGUCGUGUUUACCAGGACUGUGUCUCGUGGGGAUGACAAAGCUACGUUGAUAUGGAAACUGGAACAACAUGGAGUUGAGAAAAGAUUACGGCUUAACGUCACCUAUCCACCCACUAUAACCAGUCUCACCUUUGACAACGAUUCUAAUCAAACGAAAACGAUUCCGAGCGGAGGAAAGUUACAACUGAGCUGCUCUUGGAGCAACGGCAACCCGCCUACAGCAGUCCGUCUUCUAAACAACAAGGGGCAGUUGUUGACAGAAAACAACAACAGCAACAACACCUCCCUGACAUACGAGUUGAACCCUGUCACCUGUAACCUCACGGGUGUGUUCACGUGCCAGACGGCGGGUGCAGAGGUCAACAGGAGCGUAACUGUCUUGGUUCAGUGUCCACCGGUAUUCAGUGCGACAGAAGACGUGAAAGAGAGCUUUACGGCAGGUGAGCCAGUGACGUUGAGUUUCCACGUAGUGUCACACACGAGUGACAUCACACAGUGUCGUCUGCGUCAACUGUCGUCAGACAUGCACUCAGCACAUGACGUCUAUCGACUAAACACUACUUUUACCUGUUCGCUGACCGGACAGCCACCUGACCUGAAACUGUCCGUUGUCAUGUUUAAUGUCAGUGACAGUGAGGAGGGCGAGUGGCAUCUCGAGCUGUCUAAUGACAGUGGAAACACCUCCACACGAUUUUCUCUUCACACGGAAAAAAAGCCUGGUGAUGAAAGCUCUUCCUCGGCAGACAAGGUGUACAUCAUGUGGGCAGUUGGAUGUUUUCUUCUCCUCUGCGUUGCCAUCAUCGUCGUUUUCCUGCUGAGACGAGCAAAACAUAAAGCAGAUACCACACUCAGACACAACGUUGACAGCAACAAGAAGAAACCCCUCAAGCCAGUUCUUAGUGAAGAUAUGAUUAUUAAUGAAGUGUACGAGUCGGCUGGAGACUACCCCAUGUCUUACACAACACUCGGCAAUGAAAGCACAGAACUGUCAGGAAACAGCGAAGGUGAAUACGUCUAUGCUCACACUGCGAAGAUUGUCACCUGGAAGGAACAGAACCCAAGCAACACGGCAGCAGGAAACAGCGGGGAGGGAGACAACGUGUAUGCCAAAGUACAGAAAGGGGACAGAAACACACCAAGUAACAAGGGAGACAACUUAUAUGCCGAAGUACAAAAAGGAGACAAAAACACACCAUUGGCAAAGAAGACAACUCCACAGCCAAGGAUCACCUGACUGGCGACACUGAAUGCGCGUACAUGAGUGUGGAUGUACCUGGAGCGGUGGGGAAGGAAGCCAAAGGCGGCGAUGAUCAUGCCAGCUGAACUGCACAACCGGGAUGUGCCAAACCACCUGAUAAGCCUCACCUGACCUUUGUCCGAUCAGGUGACUAUAGAUAUCAUUACCGUCUACUGUCAACUACGACUGCCACACGUGCUGAGCUCUACGGGAGGGCAGACGUACCAGCGUCUUGUCUCGCUCACCAUCUUCUAACGCUUUUGAUGUUCCACGUGACUGUCUGUCAACUGACUUUACAAUCCCUAUGACUGCUCCCAUUAGUAACAACUAGUCUUCAAAGAUUCUUUAUUUACAUUUAUAUUCUAAUCUUAUGAUGUUUCAGGACUCGUAUUCAUGUCAAGAGCUUAGCUGUCGGACCAGUAAAACUCGCAAAGUACAAAAGAUUUAGUCAGUCAAUCCGGUGUUUUUCACGUUCAUGCACAUUAAACCACUUUCUUAUUUAUAUUUAAGUCGAUUUCUAGCAUUUAUAUUCUGUCAGAAUCUUAUUCUUAUUUUAUGCCAGUUUCUUGUUUAUAUUUUAGUAUUUUCUUUAUACUGUUUUGAACGAAUAAAUACAAUCUACCAAUCUACAGGCCUCUGCUAGCGU